CUAACGCUAUAAAAGUGAGGACUUUAUUGAUAAGAUUCAAAGAGCUACUGGAAUAGCGAGAAGAAACAACAAACUAGUAUAACUACUACGAGGGAAAUCAGAAAAUUUUUAGUUCGAAAAAUGGGAUUGUGGUUGUCAAAAAUUUGGAAUUUAUUUUCGGAACUUGGAAAUACUCAAGCCAGAAUUCUCAUGCUCGGGUUGGACGCUGCAGGGAAAACUACAGUGCUGUAUAAACUGAAGCUCAACGAAAAUGUCAGCACAAUCCCAACCAUUGGAUUCAAUGUAGAGACAGUGACACCGGUGAAGAACCUGACUCUCACCAUCUGGGACGUGGGCGGACAAGAGAAGAUCCGUCCCUUGUGGAGGCACUAUUAUCAGGGCACAAAUGGACUAAUCUUUGUGAUUGAUAGCUCAGAUAUCACAAGGAUUGCUGAAGCUAGAGAAGAACUCUUUGGAGUCAUAGAUUCAGAAGAAUUUGUUGGAGUUCCCGUUGUCGUCUUGGCGAACAAGCAAGACCUUCCUGCAGCUAUGAACGCAAGUCAGAUGGUUGAGAAACUUGGUCUUUCCGCUCACAAGAAAAACCCUUGGCAUGUUCAGGAGACCUGUGCAAAAACAGGGGAUGGGCUGUACGAAGGACUUGAACAAUUGGUCAAGAUGGUGAAAGAGUUUAAGAAAACCUCCCCGCAAAUCAGAUACUGAAGAAGAUAUUAAGCUUUAUAUUUCAGUGAAAAAUGCCGCGCUUUAUACAUACGCAGUACAGACUGAUUUAGUUUUGUUGUUGUUGUUAUCAUGACCUGGACUUGAACUAUGCUGAGAUAUGAACAUUAACAUCAUGAAAGUGCAGCUACAGUGCACACUUCAUAAUGUCAUAGUUCACCUUCAGUUUUUUAYUGUUAUUCGUUUUCGAAUUUCCAUUUAUGACAUCAAAAAUCGUUCACAAGGCUAAAAGUGAAUGUACUCCAAGUAUGAAGAUUUUGCACCUCUUUUAUAUACUGCCUGUACAUAAUCAAUGAUUAUUUGUUUCAUUCCAUGCUUUUUUCAUUACAUGCU